CCGUAGGGAGAUAAAUUUCGACAAAGUCAUGUUGUCUUCAUCAAUUCCAAGACUUUCACUGUCCAUUCAAAAUGGAUGCCAUCAAGCUGGAAAAUGUUUUUCAGCAUUCAUGUCAAGAAAAUAUUCUUCAGAAGCUGAUAAUGAUUUAGUUGUAAUUGGGUCAGGACCAGGAGGCUAUGUAGCUGCUAUAAAGGCUGCUCAGUUGGGCAUGAAGACUGUCUGUGUGGAGAAAAAUGAAACACUUGGUGGUACAUGUUUAAAUGUUGGCUGUAUACCAUCAAAAGCCAUGUUAAACAAUUCACAUCUUUACCAUAUGGCCAAAUCGCAGGAUCUUCAAAAAAGGGGAAUAGAAUUCAGUGAUUUAAAGUUAAAUUUAGAUGUAAUGAUGGACAUGAAGAAAAAUUCAGUGAAAGCUUUAACUGGUGGUAUAGCUCAUCUCUUUAAACAAAACAAGGUGACACAUUUACAAGGUUUUGGAAGUGUAACUGGUCCCAAUGAAGUAACAGUUACUAAAAAAGAUGGUUCAAAAGAAAAAGUUUCAACUAAAAACAUAUUGAUUGCUACAGGUUCAGAAGUCACUCCCUUUCCGGGUAUAGAGGUUGAUGAGAAGCAAAUAGUAUCAUCUACUGGGGCAUUAUCUUUAGCUCAAGUACCCAAAAAACUAAUAUUAAUAGGUGCUGGUGUUAUUGGAGUAGAAUUGGGAUCAGUUUGGCAAAGAUUAGGGGCUGAAGUGACCUGUGUAGAAUUUUUAGGUCAUGUUGGAGGUAUGGGAAUAGAUAUGGAGGUUUCUAAAAACUUUCAACGUAUAUUAGCUAAACAAGGAAUCAAAUUUAAAGUAAAUACUAAAGUACUUGGAGCUACUAAACAAGGUGAUCAAAUUAAAGUAAAAGUUGAAGGUGUCAAGGACCAGAAGACUGAAGAGUUGGAAUGUGACACACUGUUGGUAUGUGUAGGACGUAGACCAUAUACUGAAAAACUAGGUUUAGAAAAUAUCUCCUUAAAAGUAGAUAACAAAGGGAGAAUACCAGUUAAUAACAGGUUUCAAACUUCUGUGCCAAGUGUAUAUGCUAUAGGUGAUUGUAUCGCUGGACCAAUGUUAGCUCAUAAAGCAGAAGAUGAAGGUAUAAUAUGUGUUGAAGGUAUGUGUGGUGGAGCAGUACAUAUAGAUUAUAAUUGUGUACCUUCAGUAAUUUACACCCAUCCUGAAGUAGCUUGGGUUGGUAAAACAGAAGAAAUGUUAAAAGAAGAGGGUAUAGAUUAUAAAAUUGGUAAAUUUCCACUAGUAGCCAAUAGUAGAGCUAAAUGCAAUAAUGAUACAGAUGGUUUUGUAAAAGUUUUAGGUGAUAAAAAAACAGAUAGAUUACUAGGCGCACAUAUAAUUGGUUCAGUGGCUGGUGAAUUAAUCAAUGAAGCAGCUCUAGCCAUGGAAUAUUCUGCAUCUUGUGAAGAUAUCGCACGUGUAUGUCAUGCUCAUCCAACUGUAGCUGAAGCUUUCAGGGAAGCUAAUCUUCAAGCCUAUUGUGGAAAAACCAUAAAUUUCGGUUAACUAGAAACCUUUUGUUUGUGUGCUUGUUAUAUUGAGUGUUUGAAGUAGAUGCUACAUCAUAAUUGUUGAAACAUAAAUUACGAUUGACCUGUGAUUUGGAUUUGGUGAUUUGGUUGUAACAUUGCAUUGAAAACAAUGUUACAAAAGCACAGACACAGGAGGUAGUGUGAUAGUUGUGUUUUGAAUAAUGAUGCAGACAUUUAUCUCAACACUCUAUUGUGUUUGUUCAUGAAAACAUGAUAAAUUUUGAGACAAUUUAGAGAAUUUUUAAAUUUGUAAUACUGAAAUCUGAAUCUCUUUAAGUUGAUUUUGGUCCCUUGAGUUAAAACUUUGAAUUGAAUUUGGGUAGAAUGUUUUGAUUAAGAUUUGGGUUGCAUGCAAAUGGAAUUGAAAUAUAAUUCCUAUCACAUUCUGGACAUAUUUCUGUGGACAUUAUUAUGCUGGUCAUUUUCAAGCCUGAAAAGCCUUCAGUUUUACACCGUGUAUGAAUGUUUUUCCUUGGCCACACUGUCAAUAAUGGUACACUUCAAUUACUGAGUAACCUUUGCACAUCUUCAUAAAUCGAUAUUGAAUUGGAGAGAUUAAUCUUUCUAUUAGAAUUUAUUUAAGAAUAUUAGGAUUGACCAACCAGACAUUUGUUAUAUUUUGUGUUGUUGAAAUAGAAUUGUAAGAAAUAUUUAAUUUGUACAAUAUGUAUUAUACAAAAAAAAUGAUUCAAUUUUAAUGCAUCUUCUUUCUUUCCUUUGGAAUUGAUUCAUACCAAGAUGAAGAAAGUUUUGCUCAACUGCAAAGACAUUAGUCUGAUUUGUGCUCCUAAGCCAAGGUAUCCACAGGUUUAAAAAAAAUAGACAGUAAAUUUGAAUCCACACAAAUCCAAGAUCACAGAAAUGUUGUUCUGAAAUUCUAGAUGAAGAUGAAUUUAUUUAUGUUACACAAGCAAUAUCUUGAGUAACAUCACUGUCUUUUGUGCAUCUCUAUUUUGGCAAUACUAUAGCCAAUGAAGGUUUGAUACAUGAUGAAAAAAAAAACCAAUUGGCUACUGGGAGACAGGACUCACAAUUCUGUUUUUAUGAUGAUUUUUAUGCACAAACUCCCAAUUAAAAGCAGGCAUUUCCUGCAAUAUGUAGUCCUAGCUAUCAGUAUUAGUUCUAAGAUUUGUUUCUGAUUUACAAGACUUAUGUUAACAUUAAAAUAAAGUUAUAGGAAACAUCUGUACUGAUUUAAGAAAGAUUCAUUUGAAUUAAAUGACUAAAAAAUAACUUUCAAUGUAUUAAUAAAAAAAUAUUUAAUAUUAAAUAUCACAUUUUUAUAAUUAUUUACAAAUAAAUAUUUCGUUUUCAAUUGU